AGGCGCGGUCUGCCCGGGCUCCAGUGUGCGCGGCCGCCGUCCGCCGCCCGCUCGUCCGCCGCCCUGCGCCAUGGCGGGCUGCGCGGCGCGGGUUCCGCCGGGCUCCGAGGCGCGCCUCAGCCUCGCCACCUUCCUGCUGGGCGCCUCGGUGCUCGCGCUGCCGCUGCUCACGCGCGCCGGCCUGCAGGGCCGCACCGGGCUGGCGCUCUACGUGGCCGGGCUCAACGCGCUGCUGCUGCUGCUCUACCGGCCGCCGCGGUACCAGAUCGCCAUCCGGGCGUGCUUCCUCGGCUUCGUCUUCGGCUGCGGCGUGCUCUUGAGUUUUAGCCAGUCAUCUUGGAACCACUUUGGUUGGUACGUGUGCUCUCUGUCGCUCUUCCACUACUCGGAGUACUUGGUGACGGCCGUCAACAACCCCAAGAGCCUGUCCCUGGACUCCUUCCUUCUGAACCACAGUCUGGAGUACACGGUCGCAGCGCUGUCCUCCUGGAUAGAGUUCACGCUGGAAAACAUCUUCUGGCCAGAGCUGAAGCAGAUGACCUGGGUCAGCGCCACGGGGCUGCUCAUGGUGGUCUUCGGAGAAUGCCUGAGGAAAGCAGCCAUGUUCACGGCCGGCUCCAACUUCAACCACGUGGUGCAGAACGAGAAGUCAGACACCCACACGCUGGUGACGAGCGGGGUAUACGCCUGGUGCCGGCACCCCUCCUACGUCGGCUGGUUCUACUGGAGUAUAGGAACCCAGGUGAUGCUGUGUAACCCCGUCUGUGGCGUCGUCUACGCCCUGACCGUGUGGCGCUUCUUCCGCGACCGAACGGAGGAAGAGGAGAUCUCCCUCAUCCACUUUUUCGGCGAGGACUACCUGGAGUACAAGAGGAGGGUGCCCACCGGGCUGCCCUUCAUACAGGGCGUCAAGGUGGAGCUAUGACGGGUGGGGCCCGCCGCCCCGGCCCCCAGCUUCUCUCCUGGGACUUCCCUGGAGCCCAGAACGUCGGACCCACUGGAGCCACCCGUGCUGCACUGAGUCUAGGUGGGACGUCGCUGCCAGGGGGACCGAGCACAUCUCAGCCAUAGGCAGCAGGGCCCCGCCAGGGGUGAGCCGUGCGGCCCCGCGGAUGCCUGGCCAGGUGGGCUACCUGCAGGCCUCCCACCCACAGCGGGUAGGUGUCACGGGUGGUUGGUGCACACAGGGUGCGUGCACCACCUUUCUUUCAGCCACAAACAGCACAGCUUUAAUCUCUCUGUCCCUAAGUGCAUGACCAGCCACACAGUUCUAAAGAAUUUCCUCAUCCAGCGCUUUCGCUCUUCAUGUAUUUAACCUUAUUUACAUAUCUAUUUUUUAUAAACAGCCAUGUGAAUUCCCAGGGGACUCACUUGGCGUCUCCAGUCCCAGCCUCUGUUUGGAGCAAUAAGCAUCGACACCUCUGGGCGCUGCGGCCGGCUGUAGCAGGUCCCAUCGGCGUCCCCGGGCCGGUCUCCUGCCCCCCCCCCGGGCUUGGUGGCAGCCGGCACAGGGCUGUGUCACUUGUCCUUCUCCUGGUACGUGCCCUCCAUGUCCCUGCUGUCCGCAGGACACUGGGAAGCACUACUCUCCAGCUUCUGUCUUUCUAAUUUAAUUUUUUUUUUAAAUUUUCUUUACCAUAACUUACAUAUUUUGCGUUUGGGUAUAAAGUCACUUAAUGAUUGUUUUCGGUGUUCUGAUCCCAGAGUUACAGACUUUGCAAGGGGUUGAUCCUGUGCAGCCACACUCUGUCACGGAGCAGGUGACCAGCUGUGAGCCCGUCAGUGCGGGGCGCUGCGGCUUUGCCUAGCUGCCGCCAGAGGCCGAAGCCUGCUUUCGGUGUGGCUGGGGCAGGCACCGUGUUGCGGUGGCGUUGUGAAGGCAGCAGUGUGGCCACUCCGGUCGUAACCCCCACCGCUCCUCCCCGCAGAGUGGGGUCGGCACCUCCUACCUCACGGGGAUUUUGUGAGGACGCGGCCGUGUGCGUGCUUGUGGGGAGGGGUGGCAGGUGAAACCCGCGCUGAGUGAAUUACACUCCAGUGGGUUCACUUACCUGUGCGAUGCCUAAAAUGUAUCUUCAAAAGAGCGUUUUAUCAACUUGAAAAUAUACUUAUUUCUAGA